AUGGACAGUCCAAUGCCACUGGAGGGCCGAAGUUUGGCCAUUUUCACGGUCUCCAUGGUCAUGUUGAUACUAUCUGCCAUCGCGGUCACAUUGAGGAUUUUUGUCCGAGUAAGGAUUGUUCAAGCCUUUGGCUGGGACGACACCUUAAUGGUCUGCGCACUGGCCUUUUUUGCAGCGUUUGCUGUUUCGUGUAUAAUUGGAUCGAUGAAUGGUAUUGGCCAUCAAAUGAAGGACUUUACUAGCACGGAAAUUUAUAAGAGGGCGAUGCUGCUUUGGUGGCUCUGCCAAAUAUUCUACGUCUUUGCCUCAGCCUUUGCUAAGAUUUCCAUCGCUGUCGCCCUACUCCGACUUUCAGUGACAAAGUUGCACCGCGUCAUCCUUUGGACAAUUAUCGGCACCGCUAUCGCUAUUGGCCUCAUGUUCUGGCUCGUCCUGUUGUUCGACUGCACCCCUGUGUCCUACUUCUGGGGCCGAGUUGAUACAGCUGCUACAGGCACUUGCUUGAGCGUGGAUGUGUUGUUAGCUAUCGCUUAUCUAUACAGCUCGCUUACUAUUUUGUGUGACUUUUCGCUGGGUAUCUUACCAGUAACCCUCGUUUGGAAUCUGCAAAUGAAUCAACGAGUGAAGCUUGCCGUUGGAGGAAUUCUCAGUCUAGGAGCUGUUGCGAGUGUGGCCGUCACGAUUCGAAUUCCGUUCCUUCACAAUUACAAAGACCCCGACUUCCUUUACUCAACCUACCAGAUCGCAAUCUGGUCUGUCCUCGAAACCGGCCUUGGUGUCGUGGCUGGCAGUAUUAUCACCCUUCGUCCACUAUUCCGCUGGUUCUUGGAAGGAACAAAAGGAGUCAGCCAACCCAAGAAAUAUCUCGGAAGCUCACAAAGAUACCCGCUCACUAGCAUGAAGGGUUCGAAGAGUACUAAGGGAGAAACGAACCGGAUUCAAAACGACCCGAGCUGCUGGCGACCGGAUAUCGAUGACCCAAAGAGAAUGGUGACAACGGUAUCAUCGCUACAUACGCAGCACUUCGCCGAUGCGAAUAGCAGCACAGAAUGUUUAAAUCAGGGAUUCACUAGUCUGUCCCCUAAUCAUGUUCGUAUUCAUGAGUCUAUCGUGAUUAGCGAGCGACGAGAAUGA